CUCCCCCCUCUCAGUACGAGCAGGCAUCACGCAUCGCCGCUGCGCGUAACUGGCGGCAAGCGCUCCCAGGCGCAAUGCGGAAGGUGCUAUUCCCGCAUAAGCCACGUGAUGUGCAAUUUCACAGCCUGGACGCUGUUGACACGGCCGCUCCGCUCCGCUGUCUGUACAUGUGUUGUUGUGUCGUCUUGUGUCGGACACACCGCUGCUGUUCGUAUCACCGCCACAUCAUACCGCCACUCAGAGCUCGCUGUAGCUGCCUCCCUACAACGACCACUGUGCGAUUGUACACGCCCGCAGACGCCAGGCACUCGCCCCUGCUGGUGCGACACGCUCUACCAAAGGUCGAAGCAGCGUCCGCUCUCGAGCCGCAACCGCGCCGUUGCUCUGUAGCGCUCUCUAGGCCCGCCUCUGGCGUGGACGUGAACACCGGCGAUGCAGCAUCGGGUUGAUGUGCUGCACAUUGGUCCCUUUUUCCAUUCAUUCAUUUAUGCUGCCACAAGAAGCCCUCAAGUGCU